AUGCGUAUGAUCGUUGUGAAGAAACUGGCCUCAGAUUUCAGGGAAGCCACCGACAUAAUAGAGGUUGCAGUUCCAAGACCAGGUCCAAAGGAAAUUCUAGUGAAAAAUAGGUAUGCGGGUAUAAAUGCUUCAGAUGUGAACUACACCGCUGGAAGAUAUGACCCCACGAAAAAGCCGCCUUUCCCAGCAGGAUUUGAGGGUCUCGGUGAGGUGGCUGCUGUCGGACCAGAUUCCAAUUAUAAUGUUGGGGAGUUUGUGCUUUACUGCAAUUUUGGAGCUUUCGCCGACUACACUGUAGUGGAUGAGUCGAUAGCUAUACCAGUUCCAUCGACUGAUCCGGCAUAUCUCUCAUUCAUGGUCAGUGGCCUGACAGCUUCUAUUGCCUUAGAAAAGGAGGCAGAUUUAAGAUCCGGCAAAGUGGUACUUGUCACAGCCGCUGCUGGUGGUACAGGGCAGUUUGCUGUUCAACUGGCCAAACUGGCAGGUUGCCAUGUUAUUGGGACAUGCUCCAGUGAUGAAAAAAUCGCUUUUCUGAAAAGCAUUGGCUGUGAUCGAGCAGUGAACUACAGAAAGGAGUCUUUAGAUGAAGUUCUGUCCAAAGAGUAUCCGAAAGGCAUAGACGUGGUUUACGAGUCUGUUGGCAAUGAAAUGUUUGAUACUGCGCUCAAGAACCUGGCACUGUUUGGGAGAGUCAUUGUCAUUGGGCUAAUUGCAAACUACGAAGGUCAAGAGGUUAAACAGGGCAACACAUUCUAUGAUAUACAAGAACGGAGGAGUGUAUCGAUUCCUAUAACGCUUCUUUCAAAAUCGGCCAGCGUGCGCGGAUUUUUUCUCGAUCACUAUAGUGCAGACUACCUCCGCCAUAUUUCCUCACUGACCAAAUUGUACAAGGCAGGAAAACUAAAGGCGUUUUCAGAUACAGGAGUGCGUGCUCCAAAUGGACCUUUUAUCGGGCUGGACAAAGUUGCAGAUGCUGUAGAGUACAUGUACUCAAGGAAGAAUGUAGGAAAAGUCGUCGUGGAACUCGGCAAAGAAGAUGUCAAAAGAGGGCUGUGA